AUGGCAGACCUCAUCAUCGAGUCAACUUCACGCCGUCCUUCUCAAAACAAUGGAUACGCGACGCCCGCCCACUCAGCGCAAAACUCGCUUCACUCCUUUCGCAGCUCCACCCCCACCCGCUCCCCACUCCACGCCCUGUCUUUGCACGAGUAUCGCAAGCUGCAAAGAACUCCAACACCGUCAUCUCAAGCCCCUCAGGGCAAAUCACUACGGAGGAAAGCCGCAACCCCUGAGCUUAGAGAGUUCAAGCGGGCACCGAGCACGGCAGGGAGAUCUGCUUCUCCAGCCUCCCUCGUUUUUCGGCCUUCUCAUUUCUCCAUUUCUUUGCAACAUUUAGCGGGCUACCAGCCGCUCCCACCCUCCCCUCCUCACUGGACCGAUCAUUUCGAAGCUGUAGACGAGUCUUACAGACCACAGAACACGGAGGACACUCGGUUUGGAGAAGCAGCAGCCGCCGCUGAAAAAUCCGUUGGAGGCUUUCCUAAAGAGACUCAAAAGGUAGGUAGGUGGAAAACCAUCAAAAAACUGCCACGACCGCAGCCUCGCCACCCGCAGUCACCACUGCCCUCUGCCCACAUCCCCCCUCAUGCAAUUGGGACCCAUCUAUCGUCGUCUCAGUCAAUUUCGACUUCGGUCACGGAAAUCGCACCUUCGAGCGAUGCCCCGACGUCAACUUCGACGCUGUCAUUGUCUCGAUUUCCUCGGCCACCGCAUCCUGAAAGCUUUGUAUCUUUGUCUUCGCAAAGUCUGGACGUGAAUGCACUUCCUCGCAUAAACACCAGUUUUACGACGGCUCUUGCGACACCGCCGGAAACUCCAGCUGUGAUCCGUUAUCGUGGAGCAUCUUUCGAUUUGGUCAAUCCUCACGACUCCAUCCUGCUUCACGACAUUGAAACUCCUAACGAUCUCCACUCUUGUGACGGCUCGCCUAUGCGGACAUCAGAUGAGUUCCUUGCAAGGCCAGACAUAGCUCCCAGAAAUAGGGUGUCUACUGACUUCGGCGCGGCAUGGAGCUUGAUCAGGAGUCGAGAUGAGCGCGAGGAGAGCCAUGGUCAUCAGCCAUACACGCAGUUGUCACCUCCGCCUCCGGCUGUUCUCAGUCCGCGUUCUGCGGAAGUUGCCUCCCCAAUGAGUCCUGAUGAGCCACGUACUGCAUUGCCUUCCUCGGUUGGCAGAACGAAACAAGAAGAGCCACGAUUUUCGUUAAGAGAGUUGGCACCCAUCAAACACCUGUCGCGCACGUUCACCAGAAGGCUGAACAAAGCACCCGAGCCCACUGAAGAGCAGGUGGAGGAGCAAGAAUUGGAAGGACUUCCUGCAGGUGCACCAGCCAGCGUUCGUGAAGAACAUCAGCCUGUCUAUGUUGAUGAUGAUGAAUAUUAUCCAACUCUGGCAACUACGUACCAGCCGAUUGAGUCAUUCUCGUAUUCUCCGCUCGAGUCUACGGCAGGCUUGACGUCUAUGGUCCCCGAUCAACUAUUCGACCAGCCGAUGUCUGCCUCUGAACCCUUGUAUCCGCCUCCAUCUCUAUAUUCGAACGAAUGGGGGCUUCCACAGGGCUACUACAGUCCGAGAGCCACUGGUGUGUUUGGGCUCGAGGACCAAACCAACAGGAACCCAUUCCACGGACCGAACACUUGCACCAUCCCGAAUUCUAUCCCUACUGCGGAGUAUCUGUCAGGACAAGAAGAGAUAGAGGUUGCGUCUGGUGCAACUGCUGCUCAGAUCGAUGAUGGCGACACAGUACGAAUGGUUAAUGAAUCUGUAGCCACCGCAUAUGGAGUGUUAGGCGACGAAUCACACGGUUUAGUGACGGGAGGUCGAUCUGCCUUGCAUCAUUUGGCGUUACAGGCUCAAGGUGUUGGCACCGACAGCAGUCAUAGCUCGUUAGAACUCCUGGGCCAGGUGCGUGAGGGCCGUGGACGGGAACCCACUCUCAGGCAGACUCCAGAACCGUCAACCCCGGCAGCAGCCUCCUUAGAAUCGUCUUUUGAGUACGACAAUUUCAUUAACAUUCUAAAUCAAUCACCGGAGUCUGCAUCUACCGCACCGCCGCAGCAGCUUGAACCCGGACAAUCCUCGUCGCAAUCAGAAAACCUAGGAACGCUCACUCGUCAGGCGGCACUCGAUGACGCGGGACGUAUUUUCGAUGAGGCAGAGGCUUCUAGUUCCAUUCCAGCGAUGUGGCAACGACAUUCGGGGACACAUCUGGUUAAGACGCGACCGACAGCCGUACCAGACAAUGACGAAGAUUGGGAGACGGGUCAAGACUCGCGAUACUCUGCAGAUGCACAACUACUCCACAAUAGCACUCUCCACGAGAGCCAUAACAGCGCUGUCGCUUGCCAGAGAGAGGAAUCUCACCGAAAACUGGACGGUCCGGCGCCGGAAGCCGACCUGCCUGGCACAUCUCAAGGAACCGAAAUCCACGAUGCCGGAAGCAGCGUUGCGGAUAACAGUAAUGGCAGUCAUGGGCGCCGACGUUCAGCAGUGACAGGGCAAACUAAGCUUCGCGAAAUGAAGCUCACACCCAGUAUUGCGCCUUCGGCACGCUUUGCCCGCUCAGUUCAAUCUAACGAGAGCGGGGCCACGCGAUUCUCUGAGAUCAUGCGCUUUGAUGCGCCCAGUUUGAGAGCCCCAUCGUCGGUUACCACCGAUUCGCCUCUUACUCGACAGUCUGUCACUCCGGGCCACGAUCUAGGAUCGCCUCACCUGCAUGUAACUCGACGGGAGCCAACUGCUGAGGAUUGCGCGGAGCGCACUCGCCUCUCCUGGAUAGUCUUCGGCCUGUUCUGCAUCCUGCCGCCGCUUCUGAUUCUGUACCGCUGGUUUGGGGACUCCAUGGUGAAUUGGGUCUCUGGUGGUCGCUUCACCACGGCGACAGUUACACCGAAACGUGCGGCUCUUUACCUUGGAGUUCCGGUCAACAUCCUCAUCGUAACUGCCAUUGCGAUUCCGAUUUUUAUCGCCAUGGCUUAG